AAAAAGAAAAAGGACUGGAAGUUUCAUGGUCAAACCCAACGGCGAGGGCCAGGGGGCAUCGUGCGGCCAAAGGAGGCCCCGGCAGUCCAGCACAACAUGGUCACUUUGACAUCGCCAAGCUUUUCCGAAUGACCAAAUUACCUCAGUAAGUGCUUGCGACCCUUGUUCGAUCUGAAGGGUGAGUGACAGGGAGUUCGUUUCCGACUCGGCAAUUGCGCAGGUGUGCUCUCCUCGUUCACUUCAGCUGAUAAUGGCGGCCUUUCUCAAGCUCGAAGACUCCCCUAUGUUUCAGAAGCAGAUAUGUUCUCUAGAACAGACGGCUGAGGAAGUGAGAGAUCGCUGCCAAAAAUUAUAUAAAGGGUGUAAGAAGUUUAUGGAAGCUCUUGAGGAGGCAUUUAUGGGAGACACUGCCUUUGCAGAUUCCUUAGAAGCCUUUGGAGUUGGACAGGAUGAUCCUAUUAGUGUGUCUAUAGGAGGUCCAGUCAUUUCCAAGUUCACUUCUGCAUUUCGUGAACUAGCUACUUAUAAGGAGCUUCUCCGUUCCCAGGUUGAGCAUGUGUUAAUUGAUCGUCUGAUGCACUUCAUAUCUGUUGAUCUGCAGGAUGUGAAGGAGUCCCGUAGACGCUUUGACAAAUCCAUACAUGCUUAUGAUCAGGCACGCGAAAAGUUUGUUUCUUUGAAGAAGAGCACACGAGGAGACAUUGUUGCUGAUUUAGAAGAGGAGCUGCAUAAUUCUAAGUCAGCGUUUGAGAGAAGCCGCUUCAAUCUAGUAAAUGCUCUCAUGAAUGUUGAGUCUAAAAAGAAGUAUGAGUUCUUGGAAUCUUUAAGUACAAUUAUGGAUGCUCAUCUGAGAUAUUUUAAGUUGGGAUAUGAGUUACUGAGUCAAAUGGAACCAUUCAUACACCAGGUACUGACAUAUGCACAACAGUCUAAAGAGCUGGCCAGUAUUGAGCAAGACAAACUUGCAAAAAGGAUUCAAGAAUUUAGAACUCAGGUGGAACUUGACGAAUUACGAGCAUCCACUAACAUGGAGGCCUCAACAACUACUGAUGGUAUUCACAUUGUUGGAAUGACUUCUUACAAAAACAUAGAAGCAAUUAUGCAGUCCUCUGCCAAGGGGGAGGUUCAGACAAUAAAACAAGGUUACCUCCUGAAACGAUCUUCAAGUUUGAGGGGAGAUUGGAAGAGGAGAUUUUUUGUACUCGACAGCUACGGAACUUUAUUUUACUAUAGAAAUAAAGGAACCAAAUCCAUGGGUUCUCAAACACAUCAUGCAGCUGUUUCACUGGAUAAUAGUAGUGGCAUGUUUGGUAGAUUCCGUGCAUGGCAUCAUCGGGCUUCACCAUUAAAUGAAGAGAACCUGGGCUGCCACACUGUUGAUCUUCGUACUUCAACAAUAAAGAUAGAUGCGGAGGAUACAGAUUUGCAUCUUUGUUUCCGAAUUAUUUCUCCAUCAAAAACUUAUACAUUGCAGGCUGAAAAUGCAGCCGAUAGGAUGGAUUGGAUCAAUAAAAUCACAGGAGUUAUUGCAUCCCUUUUGAAUUCUCAUUUUCUACAACAGCCUGGAACAAAAAUUGUGGAGGAUAACAAAUCUUCCGGAGAUGUUACUGGUGGUGAUCAUGUGCUUCAUAGCCAAAGAAGUUUAGAUGGCAGAAAAGUCAAUGAAGCAGAUUGUGCUUCCAGGAUUCUCCGAGAAAUUCCUGGAAAUGAUCUUUGUGCAGAGUGUGGGGCUCCUGAACCUGACUGGGCGUCUCUAAAUUUGGGCAUCGUGUUGUGUAUUGAAUGCUCUGGUGUUCACCGAAAUCUUGGGGUUCAUGUUUCAAAGGUGAGAUCUAUAAGACUAGAUGUCAAGGUUUGGGAACCUACAGUCCUGGAUUUAUUUUGUAGGUUGGGUAAUGCUUACUCUAACUCGGUAUGGGAAGAAUUGCUUCUACUUCAAAAUGAAAGAAUGGAUGCGUCAAAUGCUUCAUUACUGCCAGUUAGAAAACCAUCCCCUAAAGAUGCCAUUUAUUUGAAGGAGAAAUAUAUUCAGGCCAAGUACGUAGAGAAACUGCUUGUCAGAAAGCCAGGUACCAUAUCUGAAAUUCCUUCUCACUCUAGAAUCUGGGAGGUAGUUGAAGCUAAUAACUUGCGAGAAGUGUAUCGCCUUAUUGUAACAUUGGGCAUGAAUACAAUCAACAUCGCCUAUGACGAGGCAGUUGGGGUCAAUAUGUAUCACCAUGUUGAGGCAAGUGACUCACAAUCUGGCUGCCAUAGUGCAGAAAGAAAGCAGCAUGAUCCAGCAACCUGUCAGAGAAUUAAGGAUUCUAAUGACCCAAAAAGUUGCCUACAGGGUUGUUCAUUACUGCAUCUGGCGUGUCAUCAUGGUGAUCCGGUGAUGCUUGAGCUCCUACUGCAAUUUGGUGCUAAUAUAAAUAUGCGUGACUUUCAUGGAAGAACUCCGCUUCACCAUUGUAUCUCCAAAGGGGGGGACAACCAAUUGGCAAAAUUUCUUCUUAGAAGGGGUGCACGUGCGUCAAUUAAAGAUGAUGGUGGGCUGAGUGUGUUGGAAAGAGCAAUGGAGAUGGGUGCGAUAACUGAUGAGGAGCUCUUUGUUUUGCUUGUUGAAAGUGAAUGAGACUUGUUCCCAGAUGAAUUCUGCCCAUUUGAUCUCCUCCUCCUCCUCCCCCCUCUAUUGAAACUACUAAACUUUCAGUGCCGUAGUUAGAUGUCAACAUGUAUGUCAAAAUGGUGAAAUUUUUUAGCUUUUCUGUUUCAAUGGUUUAUGAUGUGUUGCUCUCAAGUCUCAACUAAUAGCAAUCCAUUUAAUAAUUGUAAUUUAUUUCUACUAUUUUACAGGCCGGUAGAUGACCUUCGAGGGUAAUUUUUUUUUCUAUCAUUAUUUUUUAUUAACUAGAUUUUAAAGAGUAGGGAUUUGUUUUUUGCUGUUUAUGCCUGAUGAAAGAGCUCAGUGCUACUUUAUGUUAUGAAUCUGGCUAGCUCUGCAGGGGUGAAUUUGCUUCAACGAGACACAAGUAUUUGGGGGUGGGGGUUGGUUGGAAGGAAGGUUGAAAUGCUUAGUUCAAUGAAAGCUUCACAGGAAAAGGAUAAGAUGUUGGAGAACAACUGAAAUCGAAUUGCUCUUUUUUUCACUCACUUGUUCUGAGAUUUGGUUUAUGUUUGAUUGGAGGAAUAGAAUGGAGUGGGAAAGUAAUGUAAUAAAAUUUUGAAUAAAAAGCAUGGUGAAAUCAAGUUAUAAAUUUAAUUUCACUUCUCUUAGUUUCA